GGGGUCACCAGCGUCCCAUGGCGUCACCAUUGACGUCUCGCAUUCCAGCCGCUGUAUGAAGAGGCCGCUAGGGCUCCUCUCGCAUAAAUGACGUGCGGCGAGAAGGGAGAGGGAGAGCAAGCGGGCACUCAGGAGCCUCCUUCCUCCCUCUCCCUCAGUUACAAACAGGGACGGGCUCUGAGCGCUACUCAGCCAGCCAGCCCGCCCGCCGGCGUAUAUAAACAAAGGCACAUUGCGCCGGCUUCGGCUCCUCACUCAGCCCCAGCUUUUACAGCAGCAACAAGCAGGAGAAGCGGCUGCCAUCCUCUCUGCCAUCUCUCAUCCCUCUUCUUUCCCCCCACCCUCCCUGUCUUCCUCCAAUGCCUCAGGACAGCGCAUCCCCCAGGACUGAAGCUUCCCCGGAGCCUUUCUUCUCAGCUGCGCUUCAAGACAGCGCUCUCCUGCUGCCGUUUUGAGGGGAAUAAAGCGUUUUUCAAACUACAUGUAAAGACGGAACCGCCACAGCAACCGAAGCCCAGGUCGGAAGAGCCCUCUCUUGUGAGCCCCGGCUCCACGUCCGAGCUCGCAGAGGAAGGAUCGCCGCCACCGCCUCCGCUUGCCCCAGCAACAGCCUCCGCAUCCGCCGUCCAGCCAGCAGCCCCCACCAUUCAGCGAGCAAGCCACCCUCCAGAUAUGCCCUGCGUGCAAGCCCAGUACAGCCCUUCGCCUCCUGGCUCAAGUUAUGCAGCUCAGACUUUCGCCUAUGGCUCAGAAUAUAAUCCUGAGAUCAUGAACCCUGACUACACCAAGCUGACUAUGGAGCUGAGCAAUGCCGAGAUUAGUGCCACUGCCACCACCUCUCUGCCCAGCUUCAGCACUUUUAUGGAGGGCUACUCUGGGAGCUAUGAGCUCAAGCCCUCCUGCAUAUACCAAAUGCAGUCUGCCUCCUCUUCUUCUUCACCUUCCUCCUCAACUAGCCAGAGGCCCCUCAUCAAGAUGGAAGACAAUCGGAUGCACAGUUACCAUCCUUCACUGCCUCCUUCUGCGGAUGAGGGCCUGGCCAACACUUCCAUGUACUUCAAGCAGUCCCCUCCCUCCACCCCAACCACCCCCGGGUUUCCUCCCCACCAGUCUCCCUGGGAUGAGCCACCACACCCUCUUCCACCAGCACAGACUUGCAUGGCCCCCAGUCACCUGAUGGACACUGCCCCUAUGAAAACUGUGCCUGGCCGCUUUCCCCUCUUCCAUUUCAAGCACUCACCACCCCACACGCCUGCACCCAGUGCCCACAUGUGCUAUGACACCACUGCCUUGAGUCUACCUAUAGGAUCGGAUAGGCCCACUGCUAGCCAGGCUGCUAUGGAAAACCAUCCCUAUGGGCUACCAUUAGCAAAGAGAGCAGCCAACUUAGCCUUCUCACCACUGGGCCUCAGUGCAGCCACUUCCAGCCUUCUGGGUGAGAGCAGCAGUAGUAGCAGUGGCCUCCCAUCUCCACCUAGCAGAAGCUCUUCAUCAGGAGAGGGCACUUGUGCUGUGUGUGGGGAUAAUGCCGCCUGCCAGCACUAUGGAGUGCGGACAUGUGAGGGCUGCAAGGGCUUCUUUAAGAGGACAGUUCAGAAAAAUGCAAAAUAUGUUUGCCUGGCUAAUAAAAACUGCCCAGUGGAUAAGCGCCGUCGAAACAGAUGUCAAUACUGCCGAUUUCAGAAGUGUCUCAGUGUGGGGAUGGUAAAAGAAGUUGUCCGUACUGACAGUUUGAAAGGGAGAAGAGGCCGGCUGCCUUCCAAACCAAAGAGCCCUUUACAGCAGGAACCUUCUCAGCCCUCCCCACCUUCUCCUCCAGUCAGUAUGAUGAAUGCUCUUGUGCGAGCUUUAUCCGAUUCUGCACCCAGAGAACUUGAUUAUUCCAGAUACUGUUCCACUGAGCAGGCUGCUGCAGGUACAGAUGCAGAACAUGUUCAACAAUUCUACAAUCUUCUCACUGCCUCCAUUGACAUAUCCAGGAGCUGGGCAGAAAAAAUUCCAGGAUUUACAGACCAUCCAAAGGAAGAUCAAACUUUACUCAUAGAAUCAGCUUUUUUGGAGCUUUUUGUAUUAAGACUGUCCAUCAGGUCUGACACUGCUGAAGAUAAAUUUGUUUUCUGCAAUGGACUUGUGCUUCACAGACUUCAGUGCCUUCGUGGAUUUGGGGAGUGGCUCGACUCAAUUAAAGACUUUUCUUUAAAUUUACAGAGCCUUAACCUUGAUAUCCCAGCCUUAGCAUGCUUAUCAGCUCUAAGUAUGAUCACAGAACGACAUGGAUUAAAAGAACCAAAGAAAGUGCAUGAGCUAUGCAACAAAAUUAUGAGCAGCUUGAAAGAUCACUUAGCCUUCAGUUGCCAGAGCAAAGGACAACCAUUUGAGCCUACAGAGUCUAAGGUACUUGGGGUCCUUGCUGACUUGCGUUCCCUCUGCACAUUAGGACUGCAGCGGAUCUUUUACCUGAAAUUGGAAGAUUUGGUGCCACCCCCUUCCAUUAUUGACAAGCUGUUUCUGGACACCUUACCAUUCUGAAGUUCAAAUUAUCCUUUUGAAAGGCAACUGUCUACCAGAGCAGGCAAAAGGAUUGGAAUUUACUGCUAAUAAUGCUGCUCUCAUUUAACUGUGGGGUGGGGGGAAGCAUUUCCAGCCCUAAGAAGUGGACUUUUCCUAAUGCAUUUCCUUGCAAACUGUGGCCUAAAACAUAACUUACAGUUUUGGGAAUAAGGAAUUUGAGGUGGGGAGGAGUUGAGUGAAGUUUUUGUUUUGUUUCUUAAUUGUUAAUGUGGCACUUUUGAACGAUGCUACCCCAGCAGGAAAAAAAGAAGAGAUGUUAAUAUGACUGUUUAAAAUCUAUUGCAUAGCACCUCAUCUUAGGUGGCGAAUAGAAAAUUGUAGAUGUUGUGUGUUUGAAAACAGGAGCAAUGACAAAUUGUUCAUCCGGGUAGUAUGUAUUUUACAGUUUAUACUUUUAGCAUACUUCCCAUAUCAAGGGCACAUUAUUCUGGCACAAAUUAAAAUGUUCUUUCUCUCUCUCUCUCUCUCUCCCUGUUUUUUUUCUCCUAACAAUGUUCAUUCGAUAUUUCGUAUAAAUCAGAUAUAGCAAAAUGACAAUGGCUGUUAGCUCCCAUGGUCAAGUGCAAUUUUUAAAGUGCUGUCUUACUGAGUCCUGUUUAUUAACUAUAAUUUAUUUUAAUAUGAAAAUUAAAUGAAAGGAAAAGGUGAGGGGGAAAAAGUUUUUACAUGCACUAACUUCCAUGACAAAGUUUUCCAAACUUUGGAUCAAUGUAGCAUGACUUACUGACAAGCAUAUGUGGAAGGCAAGAUGAAGGGAAAUUUGUGAUGGAAUCACACGCUUAUUAUUUGGCUGAUUAAGUAAAUAACAAUGCAUAGAGACCAGGGGCGUAACAUGGCUGGAGUGGGCCCAGAGACAAAAUUUCAAAAUGGGCCCCUCGCUGAUACAAACACACACACACUUCACAAUAUAUAGUCAUGUGACUUGCAUCGGGGGGGCCUCGAGGCAUGGGGGCCCCAAGGCAGCCGCCUCCCCUUGCCUAAUAGUAGUUACGCCCCUGAUAGAGACUAAAACAGACAGGGUCAGCAUCAGGCAUAGUUAAGUUUUAGAGCUGAAUCUAGCAAAUUGGUUAGUAGAUACAAGGCAGCUGGGAAGAACAUGUCUUGUAAGAAUAGUCUGAAUGUAAAUGCUAGGAAGGGUUUGGUGGGCUGUGUUUUAAACAUUCCGUGUACGUACUCCCUUUUUGGUAUGUUUAUACUGUUGAUGCCAUAUUAAUAUGAGACAAUUUGUUGCAUAGUGUCUUUAUUUGUAUAAAUAUUUGUAUGCAUGAUAUAUUGUAAAGCUUUGCUUGUAUUUAUUGCAAUGACUGCCAGCUCAUGGGAGCCGUGUUACACAGAGCAACUAAAUAGUGUGUUCACACUGACUCAGUUAUAUAAUGAGUGUGUGGGUGUGGGUGUGCGUCACACACAUACACAUCUAUGUGUGUGUUUUUAUUAACCAGUUGUAUACAAAAUCUGUCCUUUCACAAGCAACCUUAUCUUACUGUUAUUUGCAUUGACUUCUAAGGCAGUACGAUUUAGCACUUUGAUAUUAAAAAUCUUGCUCAUGUUUUGCUAACUUAAAUAAUAUUUAAAUAUUCUUUACAAAAAAUUUAUAUGCACUGUAUUAAGUCAAGAUUUCAUUGGUCAUUUUGCUAAGAAGAAGAAAAACCUUUUUGAAUGUCAAUCUGAUGUCCCUGUAUCUUUUGUUAGCUUUAAACAGCCUAUAGUACUUUUGUCUUUUUUUUAACUAUGCUGUUUAUAUGGAAAUUAAAUUAUACAAUCAAACAGAUGCCAAAUUAACUGCCUAAUAGCUGCAACGAUUAACCCAGAUAUCAAGUUGUUAUCUGGUUUUCAAAUAGAUGCUUGGUAUUUUAUCAUU